AUGUUUCAGCUUUGGAAACUUGUUCUCUUGUGUGGCCUGCUUGCUGGGACCUCAGCGUCUCUUCUCGACAAUCUUGGCAAAGAUGUCCUGAGGAAGCUGAAAUCUGGUCUUGAGGAAGGACUUGACAACCCUGACAGUACACUUGAAACUAUCUUGCAACAACUGAAGACUGCUGAGGAGACCCAGGAGAAGACCGAGGAAACUAAGAACUUGUUGGAACAACUUGUUUCUGCAAUUUUUGAAGUAGUGAACACUCUGACAGGUGUGAAAAUCAGGAAUCUGCACGUCCUGGAUAUCACAUUCGAAGAGACUCCUGACUGCAAAGGUGCUAUAGUGAAAAUCCCCAUCACUGCUGAAGUCAACGUGAACCUGCCUGUGUUGGGUGAGAUUGUCGACUUGGCCCUCAACUUGGUCCUCCAGUAUAGUGUCAGCGUUGAAACUGAUAAAGAGACUGAAGUCUCCACCGUGGUCGUGGAAGAAUGCAGGAGCAAUCAACACAUCAUCUCUCUCAGCGUGCUGGGCAGGCGCAUUAGACUGUUCAAGGAGAUUUUGGACUUUGCAAUCAACCUCGUGAACAAGGUGUUGUCCCUGGUAACACACUACGAGGUGUGCCCACGAGUCCGCAGUUUCCCUGAAAGCCUGGAUGUGGAUUAUGUUAAGAACCGCAUCCAUUGGUUCACAGGGACGUGA